AUGGAGCUGCUUCAACGGAUCCGUAACAUGUGGCAAUUCGCCAACUUGUGUCAAUGGAUAUACAUUUUUGGAGAAGCUAUCGCGAUAAAUGUAUCGAUUGACAUAGAAUAUAUCGAGGCGGAAUGUCUCAAACCAAGUUCACCAGGCCUCGACGAUAUUGCUUUAGCACUCUUGAAAACGGUCACUUCACAUCGCGGUCUUACCCACGAAGCAUUCGACAACCAAGCUCGAAUGCAGUACGUUUUGAGGUCGCCAGAAUCAAAUCCGUUUGGCGACGAAGAUGCCCCCAAGAGCUUUUCUGACCUCGAUGUAUUCACCAAGAUCAAAGUGAUGCAGCAGUUCACCCAGUGGAUCAUGGCCCGGCCGGAGCUCCUCCGAGAGAAAAUGAAAGAACAAAAAGAUACAGAGCAAACAUCAUGGCGAAUCGAGCCAUAUGGGUGGGACAGAGACGAUCGCAUCUAUUACGUCCUUGACGACAAUCGGGUAUAUCGACUUUCAGAAGCCCCUCCGAGCUAUAAACCUCCAAAGCCUAAGCCGGGCCGUGGGUCUCGACGUCCAGGCAAAAGGCGACGCGUAUCCGAAUCGAUCGAUGACACUGCUUCCUCUUUCGAAGACUCGAGGAAAGAUGGCCCCGAAGCCGAGCUGGAAGAUAAUUUUCUUGGAGGCAUGGUUUGGGAGUGUAUUGCCGUGACGCUUGGAGAAGUCCAGAGCCUCAUCGAUAGUAUGGCCUCAUCCCGAGACGAAAAUGAAAAAAUACUCCGACGACAGCUUCGAGACCAUCUUCUGCCUAUUCUGGAGAAACAGGAAGAAGACAGGAUUCGCAGAGAGCUAAAACGCGAAAAGGACUUGCAGACACUUGCCAAGAUGGCCAAUGCCAAACGGUCAAGCAGGAUUGCCCUGAAGGCAGAGCAGCGACAGAAAGAAGAGCAGGAGAGAGUAGAGACCGAACAGCUCCGGGAGGCAGAAGCAAUUCAGCGACGUGAGGAGCAAAAACAAGAGAAGAUUCAGAAAGAGCUUGAAAUGAGGCUUGCAUCUAGAGAGGAACGUUUGAAAAAGAGAGAAGAACGUCGCACCACUCAUGACGAAGACGACACACAAAUAUCUGCGGGCGAAGGCAAUAAUACCGUGGUAGCAGCUGGAAGGCCUCUACCCCAUCAAAUCAAAGCCAGAGAAAGCUCAGAAGGUGUCAAAAACGUGCAAGACGAAGAAGAGGGCUGGGUAUUUGAUUGCUCAUGCGGCUUGUAUGGUCAAGUGGAUGACGGCAGUCACAGCGUCGCGUGCGAGAGCUGCAAUGUAUGGCAGCACAGCAAAUGCCUGAGGAUCAGCGAGGCUGCUGCAGAUCACCCCGACUUCCAUUUCAUCUGCGCCUCAUGCCUUCAAAAAGGGGAUGCCAUUGCAGCGCCGGAAAGCCCCCCACCAGCUAAACCUACAUUUGGAUCCGAACCAGACCUCCGACCUGAAACUACACUCAAAUCUGAGCCUGCACUUGCAUCUGAACCUGCUCUUGGACCUGGACCUACACUUAAAUCUGAACCUAGACCUGGGCCUGGACCUGGACCUGGACCUGAAUCCAAAUUCGAAGAUAAUGUUGGGCAAAACACUUCUUCUACCGCUGCUACUGUUUCUACUACUACCCCUACGGCUGCGGCUACUGCUCCUGCUGUUGCUCCUGCUGUUGCUCCUGCUGUUGUUCCUGCUGUUGCUCCUGAUGUUGCUCCUGAUGUUGCUCCUGAUGUUGCUCCUGAUGUUGCUCCUGAUGUUGCUCCUACCACCAUUCCUACCACAGCUCCCAUUAUCUAAUUGGCAAGCUAUGCAAGGCCGAAACUGAUGAUCACUUUCGAAGAUCGCUAAAAAAGCUCCAUAUCACUAGUUUUGGUGGCCACCUGUUAAAGCUUUGUUCGCAUUCUAUAAACAACCACGGAGGUCUCUUAAGACGGCACAACACUAUUUCUCUCGUCGCGCACAUGAGUACAUCAGCUGCUAAUGCCUCUCUCUCACUAGCCCCAACAAAUGGAGUCCCUCCACUUGAGGAUUGCUUCCAUUCAGAAGGGAUUUUUUGUUGAUUUCACAAGCAGCUUAUCACCUGAUAGACCUUCCCCGAAAGAAUUGGCUGACGAUUGUCUCAAGGCUACAAUGCUCUCAAACCUUUGUUGAUAUCGCUGGUCAAGUGCCUACAAGUAAAAUACUCAUGAAGAUAUUUUUAGAGAUACCUGUCCGUUUGCAAUGGUUGAAAACACAAUAGCCGCUCAAAGGAAGCAACUGG